AUGUCGGGGGAUCCCUAUGUGGGGAUCAGAAGGGGUGCCCUGGAGCAAGAGAGCUGCAUAAGGUCCAGGUUACUAGCAAGCGCAGGAAAAGAACUCAAAGAUAACUUUUUGCGGGCCCUGGUGGAAAGAGAAGAAGCCAACCGUGAUGGAAAGCUUUCUUCCAUAAUCUACAUUCGUGACUAUAAUUCUCGUCACCAGGAGGUGUCUGCAUACAUCGACUAUGCGUACAGACUGACAACAGAUGAUUUUGAAGCCUACUUCAGUGGGAAGAAGAGACUUUUACCUCGGAAAACAGAUCUGAGCUUUUACAACUGGAAUAAAAAUGUUGUCUCUUCAAAGCCCAGCCCAAAUUACAAAGUGAUUGCAGAAAGUGCCUGUGGACUACUCUUCAAGAACAAAAGGGAUGGGAAAAUAAUAAAUGUGAAUCCCGAGGUCUACCCAGGAGACAACACAACACGGACACCUGUUAAAACAGAUCUCUGUUUCCACGUGGUUAUCUAUGACCAUAUCAUCGGAAGAGGACCCUAA